AGUUUUGCAGGUGAAGGUGGUAAUGAAAAAUAUGAGAAGAGUGAAGUCAAAAGCUGGGACCACACAUUCCAUAAAUUCAUGAAAAGAAUAUCUGUGUGUCCUGAACAGAUUCUAAGAUACUCCUGGGGUGGCCAGCCCUUAUUCAUGACAUGUCCUCCAGCCAGCCUAGAGCAGGGUAUUCCAGCCUGCAGUAACUGUGGGAGCAGCAGAGUGUUUGAGUUGCAGCUGAUGCCCACGCUGGUCAGCAUGCUCCAGAGUGACUCAGAUCUGUCAGUGGAGUUUGGAACUGUUCUUGUUUAUACRUGUGAGAGAAGCUGUUGGCCGGCAAAUCAUCAAACCCCUCUUGAAGAAUUUAUUUUUGUACAAGAAGACCCAGAUCAGAGUUUWUUUAAAUAAAUUGGAUUUCUCUGCAUA